AUGAAUAUUCAUGGCGUGAGAUCGUACGGCGACGUCUUCUCAGGUAGAUCACUCGUCCACCAGUCCUUGGCAAGUUUUAGCAUCAAUGUCACGGGUAUUGAUCCAUCGGACGAAUUGAUUGCCAUCGCCAAGGAACACGUGAGGCAGGACAGUGAGCUUGCACGAAGGGUAACUUAUGAAAUAGACACAAUUGAGGAUCAUGCGAAGAGAAAUCCAAAAAAGUACGAUGCUGUUGUACUUUCUGAGGUGAUUGAGCAUGUAAAUGAACAAGAAGCUUUUCUUAAGCUCUGCAUUGAUGUUGUAAAGCCCGGAGGAUCAAUUUUCCUUUCAACCUUCAAUAAAACCAUCAUUUCAUACAUCUGGGGUAUAUUUUUAAUGGAAGAUAUCUUUAAAGUCCUUCCAAAGGACACGCAUCAAUGGAAAAAAUUUAUUUCACACGAAGAAACGCAGAGGAUUUUUGAAAAAUAUAACUGCCAAGUUGUGAAGGUCAAUGGACUUUUGUACCAACAUUGGAAUAAUGAUUGGAAAUGGACUAAAUCGACCGGAGUGACGUAUCUUCAACAUGCUAUUAAAAAUGAAUAA